UUCCAAACUCCAUCAGCGCCACCAAUCAUGUCCGGGCGCGGCAAGGGCGGGAAGGGGCUGGGCAAGGGCGGCGCGAAGCGUCACCGGAAGGUGCUGCGGGACAACAUCCAGGGCAUCACCAAGCCGGCGAUCCGGCGGCUGGCGCGGCGGGGCGGCGUGAAGCGCAUCUCGGGGCUCAUCUACGAGGAGACCCGCGGCGUGCUCAAGAUCUUCCUCGAGAACAUCAUCCGUGACGCCGUCACCUACACCGAGCACGCCCGCCGCAAGACCGUCACCGCCAUGGACGUCGUCUACGCGCUCAAGCGACAGGGCCGCACCCUCUACGGAUUCGGCGGCUGAUCUGCUGCUGCUGCUGCUGUUCGGUUCAGUCUCUGCUCUAUGGCUUUCUUCUGAGUGCGUGCGUUGUUGUU